AUCGAGUUUCUCGUCAGUCGGUUGUACUGAAUUAUUCCUGUUCACAUAUAGGGUUGAUUUUCCAUUAAUAUUUUUGUCUUUUCUAUUUUAAAAUUCUUUACUUUGAAAAUUAUACGUUCUUGCCAAAAUUAUAUAUGCAAGAAAAGUAGAAUUUUUUGAAAAAAUAGCCAAUUUUUUCCUAAAAAUAUUUCGGAACUAUACAGCAUUGUCUCGUGGCGUACAUUGAUCUGCUAAUAUAAGUCAGUGUAAUAUUUUUUCUAAAAUAAGAGGCUUAUUUCUCUUUCAAGUUGAUAAUUAAUACGCGACAUAUUCAUUGGUUUUUCAAAAUUAUUUAAGAGAUAUUUGAAAGAGAAAUAUUCGCAAUAAGGGAACGUGUGAAUAUUAAAAAUUCGGUCUCGUUUAUUUCGUGGUAUAAAGCUAAGAAAAUGGCGACUUACUAUAGAACUGAUUACGUGUCGUUGGGCGACACAACAUGAUAAGUGUACAUAAAAUCGCUUAUUUGAUGAGAUCAAUAUGUUAUUGGUGUUUUAUAUUAUCUAAAACUAUUUAAAUUUUGAAGAAAACAUCUAUUAAAUUGGAAAAAAUGCCACGAAUAGAUCCUUUAUCACUGCUCAAAUGCCUCAGUGUUUUACUUGGAUCCACUGGAGGCAUCAAAAGCAAGGAGGAAGUGCACCGCUUAGCUAAUCUUAUGACAAAAUUUUCUAAGAAACUUGUAUCGAAAUGUAUAUACAUUCAAAUUUUAAAAACUACAGAUACUGAACUUCUUAGCCAAUUUAUGGGCGCGGGUGGUUGGAAUCUUGUUCACAUGUGGCUUACUGAUGGAAUUCUCGCAAAAAAUUGGGCAUUAAUUCAAGAAUUAUUGGAACUUCUUUUACUAUGCCCAGUAGACAUUGAACGUUUAAAAAGCAACAAUUGUCCAAAAUUAAUUAAAGGUCUAUCUAAAGAAGGAAGUCAUCAAGGUGUUAGAAUAUUAGCUAGUCGGCUUGUUGAACAAUGGUUGAAAAUUGUAAAAGGAGAAGCAGCUCCAAAUUCUGUUCCUGCUCAAAUCGUGACCCUCUCUUCAUCAAUAAAAUCGUCAACAAUUCCUACUGCAAUUGUAAAUCCAAGGCCUUCUAUAUCAACAACUCAAAGCAGCUCUUGUAGCAGUAACAACAGCAACAGCAGCAGCAGCAAUAGCAAUAUUAAUGUAAUUGAGAAAAAUGAGACUGAUAGAAAUACACAGCUCGUACAAAACAAUUGUAAUAUGAUUGAAACAACAACAACAACCACAACAACAGCAACACAGGAAAACCAACAAAUAGAACCUUCAAACGAUUGUCAUCGAAUUUCAGAGAGAACAUUACUACACACUGAUAGUAAACAACAAUGUCCUCAACAGAAAAAACAAUCUUUUGUUGUUGUACCAUCUUCACAAACGGGAUUAGUAGUACCAGUUUAUAAAAUUACUAUACGCGAUGGAAAACAGGUCCUCACAAAAGUAGAAACAGAUUCUUCAAACAUUACCAACGUCAUUAAUAUUUCUAGUUCUGAAAUAAAUGGUGAUCAUGAUACUAUUGAAUUUCAGAAUAAUCCAAAAUUCGACGAUUAUCACGAAGAAGAAGAAGAAGAAGAAGAAGAAGAAGAAGAAGAAAAAGUUGAAAAUCAAGUAGACAAAUGCACAAUUAAGGAAGUUGUAUCCAAAUUGCCAACUAAUGAUAAUGAAACAGCAAAUAUUGAUAGUAAGAAAGCCAAUUGCGAAACAUCUGAUGAUGUAGAUAAUAAAAUAAAAAAUAAUAAAGAUAUCAAGCAAUCUUCUGCUGCCAUUAGUAGUGAGAACAAUAAGUCUGCUAAUGACAAGGAAAAUCGAGAUUUUUCGAAAAAAGAUAAUGACAAGAAACUUUAUACUAAUAAUAAUAAUAACAAUUGUAGUAGCAGCAGCAGCAGUAGCAUUAUCGCAUCCAGUGCAACUGGUGAUAAAUCAAAUUCAGAGAAAAAAAUAAGUCAUCACAGUUCAUCAAGCAGUAAAAGUUCUUCAAAACAUUCUAGCUCACAUCGUUCUAGUUCCCAUCGUUCCAGUUCCUCUUCCUCCUCCUCACAUCGUUCCAAUUCAAAAACAUCCAAAACGAAAGAAAAACAUCAUAGCAGCAGUAAUAGUAGUAGCAGUAAUAGUAGUAACACUUCUUCUAGUAAACAACAUGGCUCAAAUAGUAAAAGCAGAUCUGAACGCGAUAAAGAAAAACAAGAAAGAGAAAAGGAAAAACAGAAGAAAGAUCAAGCUGAAAAGGAUAAAGCUACUUUAGAAAAGGUUCAAGGUCCAGCUUUAACUUCAAAAUUAGGAAAAAUUCCCAAGAAGAAAAUUGGCGAUGAGCCAAAUGAAAUUACUACAAAAAGAUCUUCAACAGAUUCUAAAGAAACAACAACAACAACAACAACGACGACGAAAAAGAUAUUGUCUAAUGAGAAAAAGAAUAUUUCCAUUUCUAUAGAAAAUCGAAAAAUCCAAGAUUCGACGCGACCAAAAACAGUCAAGACUUUUAAUUCGAAAUUUAGGUCAACUGGAUUAGAGGAGGAAGCGAAACUUCCACCUCCAAGGUCGGCUAGAAAGCCAAAUAUUGUUGCCGAUAAACCAAAAAUAUUGUCUUCGAAAAUAUCAUCCCUGAAGAGACCAUCACCGUUAAGAGAAAGCAGCAGCAGCAGCAGCAGUUCGUCUACUGAUAAAAAAGCAAGACUUUUGCUCGAUAAUUCCAUUCCUCCUUCAAGUGAUGAGAAAAAGGGAGGAAUCAAAUUAAUUAAACCUAAACCUAUGAUACUUCAAGAGAGCGACAUGUUUAUGGAUGCUUUAACUGCAGCUUCAACAAAAAACAAAGAGCCAAGAAAGAGAAAACGACGAACUUCAAUUUCAAAGGAUGUCGGGCCUGAAGUUAAAAAAUUAGAUACCAGCAGUGAAAAUAAUCGUGAUCAAUCCCCUCCUUUAACUUCACCAUCCUCAUUUCAGAAAAUUGAUGAUAAAGCAUUAUUGAAGCCAAAUUUCAAGUUUUAUCAAGAUACAUUGGAAAUUGAAGACGAUGAAAUGACGACGACGACGACGACGGCAAAGGGAAAAAAGUCGGACGCAAUUAAGGCAAAAACAGAAAAUGGUGAGGAAGAAGCAGAAGAGGAAAGAGGAGGAGGAGGAGGUGCAGAUGAUGAUGAAGAUGAAGAUGACGAUGAUGAAGAAGAUGAUGAUGAUGAACAUAAAAUCAGUAAAAGUUGUAAGGAUAUUAAUCAGGAUAAUGAGGAUAAUGAGGAAGAAAGAAGUACAACACCAACACCAACUGAAGACAGUUUCAGUGACAAUAAGGCAAUAAUAGAAUCUAAUCAGGAAGAAUCGAAUGAAAUUCGCUACGUGGAUGGUCUUAGAAGUGUUUUAAUUAUACAAAAACGAAAAGGUCCGAAGAAAAGUCUAAAAUGGAAAGCGGAAUUAGAGUCAGUCCGAUAUUUUGAAUUAGAUGAAACUGAAAGAGUUAAUGUAACUAAAACUUUCACUGACAUGAAGCAAAUUGAUAAACAAAAUGAAAGAGAAGCUUUUCAAAUGGCCAGGAAAUUAAGUAAUGAAGAUUUAAUGGAAGAAAAAACAAGGUGGAGAGCUUUGAUUCCUAUCGAUGUUCCACAAGCCUUGGUUGAACCCGGCAAAGACAGUAGAGAAAAAGAUAUUCAAUAUGCACGUGAAAAAGGAAUACUUCAAGCACUAUAUUUCCAUCGAAACAUGAUUCCCGACUCACCCGCCGAGCCAGAAGAAGAACGACUCUUACCAGUGAUAGAAGCAAAAGUUAUACCUCUAGACGAUUUAACUGGAACAAAAGCCAACGAGAAAGAUUUUACAACGACACCAUGGCCAGAACCAAAACCUCAUCUCCCUAAUCCAUCAAUCAUCACUCCUUCAGUGACAAAUUUUCCAUAUCAACCGUAUCCUCAGAAUAAUCCCAUGAUACCCUCAAUGGGACCCCCACCACCACAACAACAACAACAACAACAGCAACAACAAACUCCUAUGGGACCAAUAAUGCCAAUAAUGAAUCCUAUGAAUCAAAUGGGUUCAGAAAUGGGUGUUCCACCUGGAGGAGGAGGUUGGAGAACAGGCGAUGGAAAGGUUGUUGUUCCUGACAUGUCGGGUGGUAUGCCUGGUGGUUACCCUCAAACUAUGGAGGGUCCAAUGAUACCGCCGCCACCUGGAAUGAUGGGGCCACCAAUGUAUAAUCAACAGGAUGGUUUUAUGUUAGGACCUGAUGACAUGGGUUACAAUAAUGUUCCAAAUAAUUUCCAGGGAGGUCCUGUAAUGUUUGGGCCAGGUCCUAAUUUUCAAGGUGGACCCAGGGGCAGUGGACCAAUGCAUGUUAAUCGUGGUAGAGGAGGACCACCACCACCACCACCACCACCUGGUGCUGGUUGGUUUCGUGGUGGGCCCCCCGUUAGAGGUGUUGGAGGAUGGCGUGGUGGGUGGCGAGGUAAUACUAAACAGCCACCAGUUUGCAGACAAUUUUCAAAAAGUGGAUACUGCCGUGCCGAAAAUAAGUGUCAAUUUCUUCAUCCUGGUGUUAAUUGUCCUCCAUUUUAAACAUUUUUUUAAACAUUAGUGUGACUUGAUAUGUGACUGUGCGCGCGCGCGAGCCUAAUUUCAAGUUCCUACUCAUUGUACAAGUGCAUUUUUCCAAACAAUACACACAACUAUUGCUUGAUACUAACAUUUUUGUGAUGCAAAAAUCAAGUGUGCUGCCCAAAUAGUUUUUGACAUUACUCUCUCUUUCUCUCUCUCUCUCUCUCUCUCUCUAGAAACUUACAUUGUGAUACUCUUUUGAUUUUUCUUGGUAUUGAAUGGUUGGAAUAAUCGCGCGCAAAGUAUUUCAUUAAAAGGGACAAAUUUUUUCCAUCUGCAUAUUAAAGGAAAAAAGAAGUGUUUUGUGGUUUCUCCAUUUCUCUCUUCUAAUAAUCGCAACGAACAAAAAUAAUUUCUCAACUUGAUUGUACAUUAUUAUGAACAACAAUUUAAAGAAUGGAUCAUGGAUAAAAAUACGUACCUAUUAUAUAAAAUUAAUAAUUACAUCAAUUUUCAUUCAUUCGAUUGUUGUUCAACAAUUUUUUCAUUCUUUCUUAUUACUUUUUUAUACAUUUAGCUAAAAAAUAAAAAAUAACUAAAAACUCUGAGAAGAAAAAAUGAAGAUUGUACUUGACAGCAAAAAUAUCAAUUUAUGUCUCAUAAAAGCAAGAAAUGAUUUUCAUUCUUUCUAUUAUAUCUGUAAAUAAUAAAAACAAUAUAGAUAAUGACAAAUUUUGAUUUUACAUACCAUCAUUUUUUUGGAGACAAAAAUGUACACGAAAGAUACUUGAAUUAUAUUUGAAUCAAUUUUCCAAUUUCGCUGUUGAACAGCUCUCAUGAUAUUCUUUAAAAUGACGCUAAAAGCAAAAUCAACAUCCAAAUUGUUUAUAUAUAUAUUUUUUUAACUUUGUCUUGAUUAUAAAUAGAUUUUUUUCUUUUCAUUAUUAUAAUGUAUAGACACACAACUGAGUUUGGAAAAAGCUUGAAUCAAAAAUUCAUUACGUCAAAAUGGACAAGAAUAUCAUGAUUCAAAUUUACUGUGCGCGUUCUUCUUUUAGAAAUAAUCGAUUGAAUCGAAUCAUUUCAGAAUUAUCGUUGAAAGUAAUUUAUAAAGAAUAAUAAUAAUAUAUCAAUAAAUUGUUUUUAAUGCGCGCUUCUAUCGAUUAAAAGAAAUGUAGAAUUGUAAUAAGAAAUUAUUCUUUCUGUGCUUUAAAUAUAAUUUUCAUCAAUGUAUGUAUAUAAUAUGCACACUAAAAGUUCAAGCAUAAAUUAUAUGCAUAAUACUGCGUAAUAAAAAUGUAAGUUUCCAGGUAUUUUUUAAAAAUGAUAUUAUUAAAGGUCAUAUAGUUUGUACAUAUGCGCAGUAAUGAUGUUUAGAACCAAUAAUUAUUUACUUUAUUAUUAUUAUUAUUAUUAUUGUAUAAUAGUUGUAAAAAGCGUUCAAGUGAAUUGUUGUUUCUAAUGAUCUGUGUGUUGUUGUUGUUGUUGUUGUUGGUUUGUAAAUAUAAAUAAUAAACAUGCUCUCUCACACAGACAUUUCAUUAAAUCGAAAUAAAAAAUUUAAAAA